AUGGAGAUUCUGAAGGACCUGCACACCUCUAUACUAGAGGCAUGUGAGGUCUCUUUUAGCAAUGCUCAAAAAGAACUCGAGUCCCAACUUGUUGCCCGAGAGGCACGUGUCAAGGAAGCUGAGAGAAACGCAUCAGUUGCCCUCGAGGCUCAGCAUGCCGCUGAACAAAGGAUCGAAGAGCUUCAGCGUGAACUGUCCGCACUGCGGGACGAGCUGAGUACCCACAAUGCUGACCCAAAGGAUCUCGAAUUGCCAGCCGAGAUAAACAAUCUCGAAAGAGAGUUUGCACCCAAGAACAUUUGGAGGACCGAUCUACUGGAGGCAGACCAGCUACGUGACAUUCUCGAAGACAAAUACACGACACUUUAUACCGAUCUACAGGCAUUUAGCCGGGGCUGGAGUGGUCUCAAAUCAAAACUGCUUCAGCAUAAAAAGAAGUUGCAGCUUUGGGACAAACAACUGAACAAGGACUCAUUCACAAUCCUUUCCGACAAAGGUCCUGUCAGCUUCCAGAGGGUGCCAGAAACAGAUGCGAUGGCUGCAAAAAAUAAUACAAAGUCACAAACGCCAUUCAUCAGGGGUAAUUUACACUCGAUAUCAGGCAACUCUCAAGCUUCAGCACCUGUCUCCAAUACUGACCCGCCUACUCUGAGCGUGGAAAGCCGGACAGAUGCAAAUCCCUCGAUUAAGAUUGAAGAAAGCAGUCAACAAAUCGCCAAUCCCAACCAGCCUGUGACGACAGCUACUCAAAACACCUCUACUACUGCUUAUCUGCUCUCUUCGGAGUCCGGCUCAGACGUACUAUAUCCGCUACCUAACCUGGAGACGAAAAAGAGAAAGCGGGUCCUUCCAUCUGCUCAAGAAGAGCCAAGGCAAGGUGCCCCCGAACGACCAGUACUUGUCAAGGCCGAGACCAUGUCAUCAAGCCCAAUGCACCAGACAGUACUCCCCGGCUCUGGUCCACAUUUCCCGAGUACCCAAGAUUUGGAUGAGAUUGGUAGUACUGUGCCAACACCUACGAAACGGCCCGCUUACCGAGAGGUUCAUUGGGAAGAUGGAGGCGAAGGAUCGGCUCCUAGCACGCAGAGCGCCAUUCCAGAUCGUGAAACCCACCAUCAAAAUGUCCUGCAGCCAGUCGACGGGAAUGUCCGCUCAAUUAGACGCUGGCCAAAGAGACCCGAAUUGACAAAGCCGCGAGAUUCGAGUAUCCGCGCCCUUUUCAUGGCUGAGGAUGGUGAAUCUGGUGACAGCCAGGAUCACUCUCGAAAGAAGCGCGCCAAGAGCGCCGCGGCCAUCCAUAAUGAGACGCCCAGGGCUAAAGCAGAUGGGAAAGUUACCCGAGAUCGCCUACAAGGUCUCCUAGAAGGAUCACUACCAUCCAAAUCGCCCCUUCGUUCUCCUAGAGAACUUUUGGAUCGCGGCCAGAGCGGAGGUGGAAAUUCAAACAUACGCCAAAUGAGUAGGACUGCCAAGUCUGCAUCUCCACGCCCACAAGCAGACCAAGUCGAACAGCCGUCUCAAACCGGCCUGGAUGUACGACCCGAGGAAGAGCCCUACCGAUCUCGACCUCUGCAUCGUCUGAACCUGGACCAUUUCAAGAUCAAUCCAGCCAGGAAUCAAGGCCUUGACUACGCUUACGACACAGUUGUCCGUAAGAAGGAUGACCGGAAGUGCCUGUCAGGGUGUACACGUCCCAGUUGCUGUGGUGACCGAUUUCGCGCAAUGGCUCGCAUGGGAGUUCAAGGAACAAACGCCUCCACAGAGCAAGAGGAGGAAAACCAGCGAAUCCUCGAAGAGUACGUCGGCGAAGACCGACAUCUGCUCGACGGACUGAGUGACAAGGAUCGCGAGAGUCUACUUGUGGAAGCUCGAGCACGAGCCCUUGCCAACCAGUAUGGAAGGCAUCGACAUACUCACCAGCGAGCUCGGAGUCCCCCAGGAUUCUGGCGAACUGAGAUGCCGUCUACCCAAGAGAUUGAGGCGGACCGAGAAGCCGCUCAGAGAUUAGAGCGAGAGAAGGUCGAGGAGCGAUACCGAGAGGCAAUGCGACCAGGAGGUCUUUGGAAUUGGGCUGAUGAGUGGUUGAUGUGA